AUGUUUGAGAACAUUGUUGUGUGCGACAAAGAUACCGGCUGCCUCCUGGCCCACGAGAUGGGUCUGGGCAAAACACUACAAGUCAUCGCGCUGAUGAUGACGAUCGCGGAGGCAAAUUCAUCAGACAACGCCGACGUGCGAAGGCAGAUACCAGCACGCCUCCAAAGGCUGAGCGCGGUCAUUGUCUGUCCACCGGGCCUGGUCGCGAACUGGGAGGCCGAGAUAUCGAAAUGGGUGCCAAAUGAGAUGCUGGGAAGGGUAUGCGCGGGAACGACGCCUGGGGGUGUUGAGACGUGGGCCAAGGAAGGUGGCGUCAUCAUCAAGGGAAUCCAGGCGUUCAAGGACAUGGCGCGGCCGGAGAAGAAUGUCAUCGAGACAGCGGCGACCUUGGUGGUUUGUGAUGAGGCGCAAACCAUCAAGAAUGAGAAGACGGGCAUGUGGAAAGCCAUGACAGAGUUCAAGACAAAGAACAGGAUUGCUUUGACAGGGACGCCGCUGUCCAGAGAUGCCAUAGAUGUGCAGUGUGUGAUGAACUGGGCAGUGCCGAACCUGCUGCCAGAGGGGAAGGUCUUCAAGAAGGAAUACGACAAUCCCAUCCGGCUGGGGCUCUUCGAGGAAAGCACCGGAUCGGCGAAGCUUCUGGCUCAACAGCAAGUCAGGCAGCUUCAGGCAAUUAUCGGCCCGAAACUGCACCGUUGCGGCAUCAGCGUGAUCAGCCACGAAAUGCCGAGCAAAAAAGAGUUUUUGAUCUUGAUGCCCAUCCCACCGCUGCAGAAAGCACUUUACGAGGCAUACCUGGACUGGCAGACGGGUGAAAAGAUGGGAGGGUUGGGGCCCUUUGAGCUGGUCACAAAUCUCAGGCCACUGCUGGCGCACCCCAGGGUAUUCAGGGGAACAAAGGCGGGUGGGAAACCGGCUUUCACGACCAUCAUGGAAAGCGAAAUUCCAUCGACAUUAAACGACGAGAUGGCCUCGAACAAGGUGCGCGUGCUGAUUCAUAUCGUCGAGGAAAGCAGGAGACUUGGUGAGAAGGUGCUGGUGUUUAGCCAGUCAAUCCCCACACUGAUGGGAGGGCGGAGACGAGUAGAGGUUAUUGAAAGCUGCCACGGCUAUCAACCUCACGUGAGAGGAAAGUGGGCGGAAUGGCAGGAUUCGCUGAAAGAUAUGCGGGAUAUGUACGUAUACAUGUAA